CCACGCGGACGAAGUCGCGGGCAACAGCUAGUUAAAAAUACAAUAGCUUCAUUAAUGAGAUGUACCAACUUCUAAGUACUCACAUUUUACCUAUAGUAAUACUUAUACAACAUCCUCACAAAUUACCAACUCAACAGUGGCAGUUCGCUAAGCUCGUCUCCACAAGUCCUAACGGAGGUUCCAUGCAAGGAGGCGAGAUGCGAUUGGUUCGCCAUGGAUCGCUUGCUCGCGGCGGGAAAUGUCUAUUCAAUUGUUUGUCAAUUGAGAAAUUUCUCAAUUUAAUUUUAUGUCCGGACGUUGUGACUUGUGGAAAGAAAAUUAACAAAUUUAUAAAAAUAUGAUAAAUUUAUUGUAAAAAAUUAAUGCUUUAGAAAUAAUGGUUAUUAAAACAAAGUCUGUGUCUAAAACGUGAGUGCUUUUGAAUUUAAUAGCUUUAUCUACCUUAUAAAUGUAGUCUCAAACAUGUCAAUAACAUGAUCAACAACCGACGGUGACUCGUAUCUCGGAUUAUAUAACACCAUGCUAUACGCUCACCCAAUAAAUAUCAUUAAUGCAGGUAGGUCGUACUCUGUGUGACCUGGACAGCAGUUUACGUAACUAAAUAAAGUUGAUAUGUUUGAUAAGACUGUGCAAAUGAUGUAAACGACUGGGAGUAUGGUCGAAUGGGAAUAAGGAGGGUUGAGCAUGCGCGGUCCCUCUUCGCAGCCGAGACCCGCGCAGUCCGCCGGGAGUGGCCGCGCAGGCACGACGCGCCGCGCCCGCCCCGCCCCCGCGCGCCGCUCGCAGCCCGCCCGUUCCGCAAAGCCCGCGCGGGGCCGCGCGCCGCCGACGUCAUAUUGCUGCGCCCCAGCAGCGCGCCGCACCGGAGGCUGCCACGGUCGAAACGCGAGGUGGAGUCGGAGGCCGGCGACGUGAUCGACCUGGGCGCACCGAGGCAGCUGCGCCACACGCCACGCGCCCCGCUCGCGCCCGCGCGACUGCGGGCCCGCCCGCAGUACAAGCCCAACCCGCGCCUGUACCCCGGCUGCCAGUCCAAGUCGAAGUCGCGACCGAAACGCGCAGAGCCCCGCGGCGGAGACGGGCGCGGACGACGCCGCAAGCGAGUGUUCCGGCGGCCGGUGCCCAACGCGCGCCUGUACCGGCCGGCGCCGGCGCGGCCCCCGCCGCCGCCCGCCUGGCCGCGCGCCACGUGGCCGCCGCCCGCGCCGCCCGCGCGGCUCGACACCGCGUCGCGCGCCGCGCUGCGCUUGAGCGAGCAGCGGCGCGGGCCGCGCACCACGCCGCGCCCCCCGCGCCCGCCCGCGCCCCCCGCGCCGCCGGCCGCUCCCCCCGCGCCCGCGCCCGCGCCCCCGGCCUCGCCGCCGUCGCGCCGCCUGGUGGUGACGGUGCCCGCGCCGGGCGCCGCGCCCCCGCAGCACUAUCGCCCUGCAAGCGAGCAUUUCCGCUUGCGUUCGCUCGACACGGACUCGGGCGCGUCGACGCCCGCGGCGCGGCGCCCCGCCGGCCGCGCUCCCCCGCCGCCCGCGCCGCCGCUCGCGCCUCCGCUCGCGCCGCCGCACGCCAUGGACGCCGGAAACCGUCACUCGACCAGUCCGGAGGACUGUUCCGAUGGAAACGAGACCCUGUCCGCCCCCAGCGAGUUUCUCGCGGAGUUCCUGUCAGCCAUAAUGCGUCGCCAGUACGCCGAGGCGCUAAAAUACUGCCGGCUAAUCUUGCAGUACGAGCCGCACAACGCUACGGCGCGCGGCUUCUACCCGCUGCUGCAACACAAAGUACAGGCGCACAAACAAGCCGAGCGGGAGGGCGACUGGCCGCGCGGUAGCUCCAGCGAGGAGGCGAGCGCACACAGCGACAAGCCGCCGCACUCAUACGAGAUGAUGGAGCAGGGCGCGGACGAGUCGGAGGGCUCUGCGCGCGCGUGCUCGCGCUCGUCGUCGCGCUCGGCGGGCUCGUGCGCGUCGCAGUCGUCGCUGGAGCUGGACUCGUCGGACGCGCUCGUGCACUCCUCGCCCAGCCUGUCGCUCAGCCGCCGCACCGACCACACCGACAGUACGUUACCGAACCGCCUGUCCGACGCUGUGCGCCACAUAUUUGUUGUCCCGUCCGCUGAUGACUACCCGCGAUGUGCAGGCGCUUCGGGAGGCUGCUGGGAGAGCUCGGGCAGCGCGUCGCGCUCCGAGCCGGACGACAACGGCAACGCGGGCGCCGCGCCCCCCGCGCCCCUCGCGCCCCCCGCCCGCGCCGACCUCGAGAACGACAACGCGGCCGCCGCCGGCGACACGCUGCGCAGCGCGCACAAGAGCGACUCGGCGUCGUCGCUGCGGCGGCUGCGCGCGCAGUUCACGUGCUCCAUCAAGUGAUGCGCCCCCGCCGCCCGCCGCGCCCCCCGCCCGCGCC